AUGGCAUCAGGUGCUUACCUAGUUGGUUACAGAUUUCAUCCUACAGACCUGGAAUUGGUGGCUUACUACCUCCACAACCGGGCUGCCAUGGUUGAUCAGUUUCGCUCGAGUCCAAUCUUUGAUUUUCCUAAUUUCUAUGGCCAAAAUGAGCCCUGGCUCAUUUGGGACAUGUUCUGUGCCCAAUCCAACAGUACUAUGAAGGAGGAGGAGGAAGAACCACUAUAUUUCUUCACUCACCGCAAGAAAUUGAAUCCCAAAGCGAAAAAAUUUGAUAGGAAAGUGGGAUCGGGAACAUGGAGUGCCCAGUAUUCAAAAAAUGUUGUUGCUGCUGAUGAUGAUAGUGUUAUUGGAAUUAAGAGAGAAUUUCGGUAUGAGGGUGGAUCUGAUCCACAUCAAAAUGGGGCUUGGUUGAUGCAGGAGUACCAGAUCACAUCUCACAGUAAUGAUCUCCUUCAAACGGUUCAGGUUGACGGGACUAAUAUUUCCAUUGCUGAUUGUCCUAAUGAUACUUCAUAUGCCUAUUUUGAUUAUGAAGUUGAGGAAUUCUUUGGCUUGACUACUGAUGAUAUAUAUGAUGAUGAUGACUGUCAGUUUUCAAGUUCUGAAAUACAGGCAUUCUUAGCUUGUCUGGAUUGA